UAUUUGAUUAAGAUUGAAAGAGUAUAAAGAAGACGAAUAAAACAAUCAUAAUUGUUAUACAUGGAAAACUAAGUUGAUUUUCAAUAUAUUAUUUUGAUUGUUGUAAAUUCAUUACAAGAAAUAAUCAUGAACCGAUUUUUAGCCAUUACUUUUGUCGUCGUCAUCUCAUCAUGCUAUGGUGAUGCUCUUUGGAAUGGAUCUACAUUUGAAGAUUGGGCUAAAGGAAUGACUCCUUGUGAGAUUUGCAAACGUGAAGUAAAAGCGGGGCUUACUGAUUUGAGAUUAGCUCGAAAUCAGUUCUUACCUUUACUUAAGGAACAAUGUGUUACAUACACAACUCCUGAAGGAUCUUGUGAUUCUUACAUGACAGUAUUCGAGGCUUCAUUUGACCUUCUUAUCGAACGACAAAGCAGAGUUGAAGAGCUUUGUGCUUACUAUGGUGCCUGUGAAUCUAGUCUGACCCUCGACAUCAGUUUACCAAAUAUUCCCGCUGCUCCAGUUACUCCCAAACAAAAUCCUCCCAAAGUUUAUGAUAAGGCCGUUUGUAAGGAAUGUAAGGAUAUCACCGCUGCAGGCACGUACAUGGGCGGUGGACAUUAUGCUAAUACUUUCGCCGCUCUCGCAGAAAAUGGUUGUUUAUGGUGGAUGAAAACUGAUGCGGUUCCAAGUAGAGAAGAUCAUAAGAAAUGUUCUGAGCUCAACUCAGUUUAUUUCAAUUCAAUCACCGAUAAUAUGAUCGACAAAACUACUCAGAACUAUUUGUGUUGGGAUCUUUUCGACAUUUGUGAUCCUGCACAGAAACCAAACGAAUUGGUUUUACCUUAUGGUGAACUAAAAUCAACCAAUUAACUGAAUACCCUUUCUUUAAUCACUGCAAUAUCAAUAUGUAAAUGUAACAAUCAGUAAUAUCUUGAAAAUAAACUUAUGAAACUUA